CUUCCACCUUCCACCUUCCAUCUCAAACAAACGAGUUGGUACGUAACAGGAAGCGACCCCACUACGACUUGCACGACGAAGACCGACUCCAAUUCCAGCAACCUCGUGGGAAUUUCUACUUCUUUCAACUCUUGCUUACACUGCAUUCACUUUACUCGAGUCUAUCUUAUGCGGCCAAAAUAAAGCAAACAACCGACUACUUAGAAAGCGAAGACAAUUCUCACAUAUUGCUCCCCUUCGUCAAGGUACCCACCACCUUAUUUCCGAACGACAACAAUUCGAUAGCCCCUCACUGCGUCACGACCCCUCCUUCAUAUUCGAGCAUAUUCGAACCGCCGAAGCCAUUUCGUUACGAGGCACGAAGCACGAAGCACAAGGCAAGAGAACGGAAAGAAAUCGUACCGAUCGCAUGUCUACGCAAGACGAACCACCGACCGGUUUCUAGAACUGAGAUCAGCUUCCGGGAAAGCCAAGUCCGAGUCUUAAGAGUCUUGAUGGUAUUAGGACCUUAGGACCGGCCGACGACGUUAUCCCCUCACCGUCCUUGAUUUAAAAAAAUUAAGGUCACGAAUUAGCUCGGUGUUACAAGGCGUCACGAUGCCCCCGCUAUCUACCGCCCAGAAAGCGGCAGUGGCUAGCUUCGUGUCCAUAACGGGAGCUGCGGAUAAAGUUGCUAUGAGGUAUCUCAAGAAUUCGUCAUACAAACUGAACGAAGCCGUCGAUGCGUACUUUCAAUCCAACGCUGCUGGUACUUCAGCUGCGAAUAAAGAAGCACAAUUAGGGAAGCUAUUCGAUAGCCUCAGAAACGAUGCGGAAGAUCAGAAAGAUGUGUUGGGCGCAGAUUCAUCUAUGCAAUAUUUGAAUUCGAUCGGUGUUGAUCUUGAGGGCGCUUCGCUAUUUCUAGCCAUGGAACUAGUGCAAGCCCCUACCAUAGGAGAGAUCACACGAGAUGGUUUCAUCAAGGGGUGGAGUGCUCAGGGGAUGGUUGAUACAAAGCUGGAGGCGCAGAAGCAGUACUUCAAGCGUUUAGUAAGCUCUCUAUCAACCGACCGCGACCUCUUCCGAAAAGUCUAUCGAUACGCAUUUGUCGUCGGCAAAGAAGGCGAUCAACGUGCGCUUUCCCUGGACAACUCUAUCGUAUACUGGGAAAUGCUAUUCAAGAAACCGGGCCAGGUCUGGGUCGGAAGCAUUGCGGGCGUCGACUGGUUGGGUGAGUGGAUCGCGUUCUUGCGCGAGAAAUGGACACGUUCCGUUAGUCGCGACAUGUGGAACCAGACGUUCGAGUUCGCGAUGAAGAGCAUCCAAGACGAGACGCUAAGCUUCUGGAGCGAGGACGGUGCGUGGCCCGGAGUCAUCGACCAGUUCGUCGCAUGGUACCGACAAAAGUCGGAAAUGGACGUCGAUGCUUAGCAGGCCGCGCUUACGCUGCUAUUAUUAUCUAGGUCGGCCGUGGUUCAUCCGCAGAAUAUGCCUUAGAGAUAGGGGCAAGUCAGAUGGGGGAUGAGCACGUGAGUAUUGCCUGCUUGAACGGAUAGUCCAGGAAGCACUGUUCGGCGCAACGCAGAGGUGGGCAGAUGGCAAUGCGCAUGGGAUUAGGAGUUGUGCUAUCGUUAUGACGAGAUCAUUAGCAGACGCACUCGCGUCUACACGGAAUGACGACGCGGAAAAGAGCUACGUAGCUACGCGAACGAGAGAUUUAUUCUUAAGCGAUUCCAGAUGAUAUCUAGACGUGCAUGUGUAGACUCCUUGCCAUUGGCAUAGAUUUGACAGGUGAGUGCCUCGGUAGGGGUUAAAGGGGUAAGCUAGAACUUGGACUUAGAGGAGUUUCUGUACAUUACAGAAAUGAAGUAUUAAGUUUGUACGUCGAUGUUUUUUUUUGUUUUUUUUAUGUUCUCUGCGUAUGUACGUCCUCCUAUGGCGUCGUAAAUGUACAGCAGAUCAGCA